GACAGACAGAGAGAGAGAGAGAGAGAGAGAGAGAGAGAGAGAGAGACCGACCGACCGACCGACCAGCAGCACCGAGCAGCAGCACCGGUCCACCGGAGAGAUGUUCUACCUGAUCGGUCUCGGACUCGGAGACGCAGCUGAUAUCACAGUUAAAGGUCUGCAGGUGGUGAAGAGAUGCAGCAGAGUUUACCUGGAAGCCUACACCUCCAUCCUGACUGUAGGGAAGGAAGCCCUGGAGGAGUAUUAUGGGAAGGAGCUGAUCCUGGCGGACCGGGAUCUGGUGGAGCAGGGGUCUGAUGAGAUCCUGAAGGAUGCGGAUGUGACUGACGUGGCGUUCCUGGUGGUGGGGGAUCCGUUCGGAGCGACCACACACAGUGACCUGGUCCUCAGAGCAGUGCAUGCUGGGAUACCGUACAGAGUCAUCCAUAAUGCCUCCAUCAUGAACGCCAUUGGCUGCUGCGGCCUGCAGCUGUAUAACUUCGGGGAGACGGUGUCUCUGGUGUUUUGGACGGACACGUGGAAACCAGAGAGCUUCUACGACAAAAUCUGUAAAAACAGAACAGCUGGAAUGCACACGCUCUGUCUGCUGGACAUUAAAGUUAAAGAGCAGUCCAUCGAGAACAUGAUGAGAGGGAAUAAGAUCUUCGAGCCUCCUCGCUUCAUGACGGUCCAGCAGGCUGCUGAUCAGCUGAUCCAGAUCAUCGAGAGGAGGCGGGAGGAAGGGGAGGAGCUAGGUGUGACGGAGGACACAGUGUGUGUCGGCGUCGCUCGGCUCGGCGCCGACGACCAGCAGAUCCGGACCGGGACGCUUCGUCAGCUGGUGUCAUGUGACCUCGGCGCUCCGCUCCAUUCGCUGGUCGUCACCGGCAGACUCCACCCGCUGGAGGUGGACCUGCUGAAACUCAGCACGGAACCAAACGCACCUCUACAGCUGCAGGAGAUAGACAGCUCCACCUGGACCUCCUAACACACACACACACACCUCCUAACACACCUACACCUACACACACAC